AUGUGCACUCUCCGUUAUGACAGGAAAUUCAUUCCUAGCAGCAAAGAGAGAGGAAUAUUUGGUUAUCCUAGUACCGUCGGGGCUUAUGAGACCAAAUUUUUCUUUUUCAAGUAUGAUGGCGUCUGCCAGUUUAAGGAGCUGAGAAAUAAGACGACCAGAUUGACGGCUCUGACAGAUUUCAACCGAAUCGUGGCAUUCGGUAAUCUACCAGAGCAAAGUCGCGACGUGAGAUUGCUCGUGACUACUGCCAACCUAAGAAAGUUUGGUUUUUUCAAUCCUAAAGCAUCUGUGGAACCUUUAGUCCCAACCAUGCCAUACAAGGUUCCAAGGCCGAAAACAAGGACCAGGGGGUUCGUAUUUCCCCGGGUCGCCUCGGCUAGCUCAGUCGAGGCGAUCCUUGGUGAUAUCCCCACAGGAAGGAUACAAAUUGGCCCGCGAACACCCAUAGAGCGAUAUAAGGAAUCGCAGUCCGAGCCAAAGGACUUAGGGGUGCAGCUGAGGGGAUCGUAG